AUUAAAGACUCCCCAUGACUUUUCUCUCUCCUCUGCAGAUAAUUGUGGGGUUGAAGGAAGAAAUCAGUAAUGGUGUGUUUCAAUUUCAAUAAAAUGAAGACGAAGAAGACUUUGAUUGGACUUGGAUUAGGACAGAUCAUCUCCCUUCUCUCUACUUUUAUUGCGUUUACAGCGUCUGAGAUCGCCAGAAAAGGUAUUAAUGCUCCAACAACACAGUCGUUCAUGGGUUAUCUUUCACUUGCAAUCGUCUAUGGAGGCAUCAUGCUGUAUCGAAGACCCGCAAUUAAAGUGAAGUGGUAUAACUAUUUACUCCUUGCUUUCGUUGAUGUGGAGGCAAACUUUCUCGUGGUGAAGGCAUUUCAGAACACAUCAAUGACGAGUAUCAUGCUACUGGAUUGCUGGGCGAUCCCUUGCGUUUUGAUAUUGACUCGGGUUUUCCUGAAAACAAAAUACAGAAUGAUGAAGAUCAGUGGCGUUGUCAUCUGUUUUCUUGGUGUUGUCAUGGUAGUAUUCUCAGACGUCCAUUCAGGGGAUCGAGCUGGUAAUGGUGUAAAUCGUGGAAGUAAUCCUGUUAAAGGAGAUCUUCUUGUUUUGGCUGGAGCAACCUUGUAUGCUGUCUGUAAUGUCAGUGAGGAGUUCCUUGUGAAGAAUGCAGACAUGAUUGAGCUAUUGGCCUUUUUGGGAAUUUUUGGCGCAAUUGUAGGUGCCGUACAGAUAAGCAUAUUGGAACGUGGUGUGCUUAAAGCGACUCACUGGCCAACUGAGGCGAUUUUACUUUACCUUGGACUCGCACCUGCGUUAUUUCUCUAUUAUUCAUUAGUCGCAGUCUUAAUUCAGACCAAUGGUGCAACAAUGUUCAACCUCUCGUUGCUCACAUCAGACAUGUGGGCGGUUUUGAUCCGCAUUUUCGCUUACCAUGAGAAGGUCGACUGGCUCUAUUACUUGGCAUUUGCUACUACAGCUAUUGGACUGAUCAUAUACUCAACGAAGGAGAAAGAUCAGGAGGAACAAAGAGAUGGAGAAGUGGCAAGUGAGCAGAGGAAGAAGGUGUUGGAUGCAGAGGAUGGUGAAUCACUUCGAGACAGCCUUAUAGGUGCUCCUACCUGAACCCAAAGCCUGAGUUUUGUUGUUGUUGUAUAUGUCAUUGGCUGUAAAGAGAAAGAAACUUGUAGGUGGAGAGACAAGUUAGUAGUCAUUUAUAACAAUUGGUAACUGUAAAAGAAGGCUUUAUUUGAUCUUAAUUUAAUUGUAAACACAAAAAUAAGAUA